UAGUGUAAGAGAAAGCUGCUGCACCACAAUGAUCAGAAGACUGGCUGUUUUGAUUCUACUUAGUACCAUGUACCUGAUUCAAACUGCAGAGGUUCCUCACCAGAUCUCUUUGACUGUGGUUGAAGUUGGUAGAAAUGUAACUUUGGAGUGUCCAGUUUCUGAGACGGGAGGCAAAUUCUUUCACUGGUACAAGCAGCCUCUUGGAUAUACAUUCCAAAGUGUCAUUACUGAAGCUCAUGGCAAAUUAACUAUUAGAAAAGAAUUUAACAACUCACGUUUCACAGCUACAAAAAGGGAUGCUCAGUAUUUUCUUACCAUUACAAAUAUCAGCAAAGAGGACGAAGCAACAUAUUUCUGUCACUAUGGAGCAACAUAUACAGAGAGUUCCAAUGGCUUCUUCUUGGCUGUGAACGAUCAUAAUCAGCAGAAAUCUGUCUAUGUGAAACAAAGUCCGGAGACUGAGUCGGUCCAGCCGGGUGACUCAGUGACUCUCCAGUGUUCACUUCUCUCCAAGACCAAAGGAAACACAGAUCAGUGUCCAGGUGAACACAGUGUGUACUGGUUCAGAUCUGGAUCAGGAGAAUCUCACCCAGGCAUCAUUUACACUCACAGUGAUGAAGAAGAGGAAAGAAGUUGUGUCUACAGUCUGUCCAAAACUAUACAGAACUCCUCUGAUACUGGGACUUACUACUGUGCUGUGGUCACGUAUGGAGAGAUCCUGUUUGGUGAAGGAACUAAAGUGGAGACAAGAUCAGAACUGGAGCCAGUUGUCAUUGUUCUUGGAGUCCUGUUGGCCUGCUGUGUGACUGUAAUCGCCGCCCUUAUUUUCUACGGAAAUCAAAGGAAAGUUUGUGAAGAUUGCAAAGGAGCAUUGAGUGCCUCCCAUCAUCGUGAUAAUGACAGGUCAACUGUGGAUCAAUCAAAUGAUCUGGAUGGUGAAGCAAGGGCAAUGAACUACGCAGGACUGUAUUCCUCAACAAUGGAAGUGAAAAGAGGGAAGAGGAAGAAGAGAGAGUCACCACCAGAGUGUGUGUACUCUGUUGUUAGAGCAGAUAACCACAACCAGCACCAGCCCUCUCUGUAG